AGACUUUAAUACGGUCUACGCACUUCAAUAUCUACAGUAUUAGAUAAUAAGUCUUUGUUCUAAUCGGUGCGACAAGAGGAGGUACUGAUUUUAACAGUGUGUGUUUAAAUAAGACAGUGGUUGAAUUUCAUUGUUGAUGGCAUACAAGCAAAAUUUUAUGAAGAUUUUCUUUUGAGGUGUAGAAUUUGUGGCUACUGCAAAGGGAGUCUAGUACCCAGAAAAUAUCCAUUCGAAGUGUGAGUCGCCCAGGAAAUUUAGAGCACUGUUAUACUCAUUCAACGCCAAUUUCCGACCAAUCAGAAUCCAAGACAUUUCCAUUCUGGGCUACAAUAUAAAUCAAAUAUUCUGUUUGACAUUGGUACUUAUUUAGUGACCCAAAAUGAUGGCGACGAAGACGAUUCUAGCUCUGUUAGUCCAGUUCCUGAUCAGACAAGCAUUUGGUAACCUCAAUACAUAUCCUGCGCCUCGUGGAAUCCAGGCAUCCAACAAGUUUCGGGUUUAUCUUAGUCAAGGUGGACAAAGACAAUCCAGUUUCACCUACAUCACCACAUCAGCUCAGCGUGCUACAGAGACGCCCAAAACCAAAGGUGGGCGUUCGGUUUCGUGGACAUCCUUCUCGUUUUCGGGAAGCGCUGUUACCGCCGAGAUCCACACUCCACACGACUUUCAGAACUGUAUCGUCAGACCGCAACAUUACGGAUACAAAUGCCAGAGGACCGGAAGUAAAACAGCCCAUGUUACAAUAAGCAGCACGAGCAGAAUGAUGUCUGUUGAGUUUGACUAUGAUUAUGGGAGCAUCAAUGUUGACAUUAAGGACAAGAUGCUGAUUUUUGCGGAUCCACCAGAAUCAAAUGUUCCAAACGAACACGAUAGCUCGGUUCUCUUCUACAAAGCCGGAGUUCACAACUUGAACGGCCAGAUGCACCUAAAUAACAACAUAAAAACUAUUUAUUUAGCUCCUGGUGCCUGGGUUGAAGGGGGCUUUCUCACAACAGCUAAUCAUCGGGUUACGCUCCGAGGACGUGGAAUCUUGUCCACACGAUCCUACAAGUGGCGUGACGAAGAGUUCCUCUGGGCAACGCUGAACUUCGACAAAGGAGACAAUCAUGUUGUAGAAGGGAUUGUCAUGGUCGAUCCCCAACGAUUUUUCUUUAGAGGUCUUAGUGGCUACAACACCAUCCGCAACGUGAAGAUGAUAGCUCCCUGGGCGCAUAAUUCAGAUGGUGUGGCAAUAGGACGUGAUGGGUUAGUUGAAGAUACGUUCAUCUGGGCUAACGACGAUUCUUUUAAGGUUUAUAAAGACAAUAUGGUCGUCAGACGAUGUGUGGUCUGGCAGGCUCAAAAUGGCGCCGUGUUUCAGUUCGGAUGGUGGAAGAAAAGAUACGCGAAGAAAAUAAGGAUCAGUGACGUCGACGUCAUUCACACCGACUGGUGUACAUUUAAGGGGCGUAAGUGUCAUCUCAGUACGAAUAAUGCAAUCAUUGAUCUGGGUGGGAACAAAACGAAAUCCUUUAAUGUCAGUGACAUUGUUUUUUCUAAUAUCCGUAUUGAAGGUUCAUGUCCUAGAUUAGUGUACUUCAAGAUGAACCCUUCCUCGACCGGAAGUGUCACCAAUAUGCAUUUUAACAACUGGUCCGUCGAGUCCCAAACGACCCACGACCAUCUCCAUAACGAAAUACAAGGAGCCAAUAAAGCGCCAAUAUCAGGCUGGACGUUUACUAAUUUAAAGAUCGGCGGUCAUUGUAUCAGUAGUCCUAAUCAGGCUGAUUUUAGACUUGAAUCUCACACUAACAAUAUUAAAUUUAUAUGUCAUUAAAUACAGAGAACUUGUCCUUAUUCGUUGCUUUAUAUUAAUUCGGGGGCUUGGGUUGUUCUAAUGAAAUUGGCAUUAUAUAUACUUGUCUAUUAUAUAUACUUGCAUCAAAGAUGCUUUCCCACAAAAGUAUUUAUCGGGUGGUUAUUUCCAAUAAAAUUAUAGCAAUUUUAGUUUAAAGUAGAAACAUCCAAUCUUACUUGAAAAAUAGCCUACAGGAUUCCCAGAAAACAUCAAUGGAGUGUAUACGAAAGUAUAAGGACUUCAUUAACCGGCAACCCGACGAUUUGGGAUAUCUGCUCGAGUGACGUCAACGGCUGCACGCGAAGGUACGCGUCAGCCAAGUCACGUGACACAAAUAUGACUUUUUUUUAAUAGAUUUUUUAUACCUUAGGUUAUUUCUUCGCGAAUACAAUGUUUUGAGAAGGAUUUGAAGCAAAGUUUUGAUAGAUUAAUUAGAUUGAAUAUGUUUUUAGUCCAAAUAUAGCAUCUGACCACCCAGUUUGUACGCGGGAAGGUAUCUUUGAUAUGUCUUAAAAUGUUAUUUUCUAAUAUAAAAGUGACAAUUAUUAUCCUGAUAAAUUAUAUACAUGUAUAUAGGUUUUUAUUCGCGCUAGGAAUAUGUUUGGUAACUGCAUUUCGAAUCCGGGCGCUGGAAUAUGCGUGAGAGAUUCCACUCGGUUAUUAAUAUUAAGAUCAUAUUUUUAUACAUACUACCUACGACAUUGUCUUGAUAAUUUAAUCAUCCAUUUAGAUCCAUGUCAAUUGGGCUUUGAAAUAUUCAAAAAUGGUUUGAUUCCGCAAUUCAAUUUACAAAAGUAUCCCGAAGACUUUAUUGGUGCUUCAGCUUGCAUCUGUGUAAAAUGUGCAAAGGCGUUCUGUAUUUGCAGAGCCAAUUAGUUAUCCCGCUGUUUAUUUUGUAAAUGUAUGGUGGAACUUUUAAAAAUCCUUUUGAGUGUUAUCAACGAAUUUCUUAUUGUUAUACUAUUGGGAUUAAUUUUAACGUGUCAUUUAUUUUACAUUUUAGAGCUUUAUUCGUGUUGUCACUUAAAAAUUGGUAUGUGUUUUCGUGAAAAAGUAAUACAAGUUUAAUAAUAAAUAUAUUUUUCACUUUA